GUAUUGAAGAUUGUGGUGAAAUGAAGUUUGGUCGUGUAUCAGUUUAAAAUGCUGAAAUAUAUUUCACGGUUUACGAGGUUUUAUCGUUAUCGUGUUUACAGUUUAUUGUGUACUCAAUCCAGUCCUCGAAUUUUGCCAACAUUUACCAAAACUUUGUCUUUUACUGUAUCAUUUACUUGGUGGCCAUUGGAAUUAUGGAAAAAGAAAGAUAUACACGAACAGUGUCAACAACUAUUCAAUGAUUCGUUAUUUCAUAUAGCUACGGGUGAAUUCAGUGUGGCGAAUGAUAAAUUACAUGAACUACUGUGGUUUGUCAACCAGUCUUAUCAAAAUCAUGAGUUAACCAAUCGCGAAUACAUCGAUAAACGUGCACGGAUAUGUUCCGAGAUGGCAAAUCUAAAUCUCCUUAUGGGAAAUUAUUUAGAAGCAGAAAAAUUAAUUAAACAGACAAUGGAGGAUUGUUUAACAGCCAAAAUAUCACCGAAUGAUGCAAUGUUUAUUGAGCUGUCACUUAAAAUGUCCAUGCUUUUCGAAAAGUCUGGUAGAUUAGGUGAUGCUGAGAAGGGUUUUCGAUUUUGUAUAGAAAACCAAGAGGAAAAGUUAACAAGUUUCGAUGAAAGUAUCGACCAUAUAAAUGAAAAAGCUUUACUGGGAAUGUGUUGUAAUUAUUUCGCCAAAUUUCUCUUUGCUAAUCAAAGACAAACAGAAGCUUUAGUUUAUGCUCAACGAGCUUAUGAAAUUGCCAGUCAAAUUUAUCCUUCAGACCAUGCAAACUGUUUAAAUUUAUUAAUUGAUAUUAGCGUUAUCUAUGCUGAUUUAAAUGUAUUUACAGAGUCUCAACGUAUUCUUGAACAAGUUAUUCAAACAAGUCAAACCAAGUAUCAAUUUUUCAUUGAUAAUUACUCUAACGAUAAUGAACUACUGAAAUCAAACGUUUCAAAACAACGUGAAAUGCAUGAAAUUGUGUAUACUCUAAUACAUUCAAUAUUACAAUUAGCCGUUGUUAACUUAAUGUCGAAAAAACUAGAAUUUGUGAACCAGUUAUUAUUACAAGCUGAUCACAUUAUUAAUCAAAUUGAUCAGUUGGGUUUAAAAGUCUCAACGCACCGUAAACUUAUUAAUGAUUUCAAAAUGGAACAUCAUUUUCAAAUCUAG